UACAGUUGCUGUCACCUUAAAUCGCCACUCAGCCUGCAGAGCUGCUGGUCUGCUGGGGUCUCGGGGUGACAUCCGAGCGGAGAGGCAGGGGAGCCAUGGGGAGUCCCGGGCAGAAAGUGGUGCUGAUCACCGGCUGCUCCUCCGGUAUCGGGCUGAGGAUGGCCGUGAUGCUGGCCAAGGAUGAACAGAAGCGCUAUCACGUCAUAGCAACGAUGCGUGAUCUGAAACGUAAAGAUAAGCUGGUGGAAGCUGCUGGCGAUGCAUACGGGAAAACUCUUUCUCUGGCCGUACUGGACGUCUGCAACGAUGAGUCCGUCAAACAGUGUUUUGAUGGCAUCAAAGAUCGACAUGUGGAUGUCCUCAUCAAUAACGCAGGUAUCGGCCUAGUGGGUCCAAUAGAGAGCAUCCCAAUCGAAGAGAUGAAGAAAGUGUUUGAGACCAAUUUCUUUGGGGUGAUCCGCAUGAUCAAGGAGGUGAUGCCUGACAUGAAGAAGAGGAAAGGAGGACACAUCAUCGUGGUCAGCAGUGUGAUGGGACUGCAAGGUGUGGUGUUUAAUGACGUGUAUGCAGCUUCCAAGUUUGCUAUGGAGGGCUUCUGUGAGAGUUUGGCUGUGCAGCUCUUGAAGUUUAAUGUCACAUUGUCGAUGAUCGAGCCAGGCCCAGUGCGCACAGAUUUUGAGACUAAGAUGAUUGAGGAAGUGAAGCAGAAGGAGUUUCCUGGAGCUGAUCCUGAUACGGUGCAUUACUUCAAGAAUGUCUAUCUUCCUUCUUCUAUUGACAUCUUUGAGACGCUGGGACAAACGCCUGACGACAUCGCCAGGUGUACCAAGAAAGUGAUUGAAGCAAGCAGGCCGCGCUUCCGUAAUCUGACCAACCCCUUGUACACUCCCAUCGUAGCGAUGAAAUACGCUGAUGAAACUGGAGGCCUGUCUGUCCAUGCCUUCUACCACAUGCUCUUUAACCUGGGACCUCUAAUGCACGUCAGCAUGACUGUCAUGAAGUACCUCACCUGUGGAUGUCUGAGGAGCAGGACAGUUGCACCAAACUAGAAACUUAUAUAUUAUACACACAUGUGAAACACCUUGAGGAUGUAGACCACAAACUACCUCGGCUUAAAAACAGCUUCAAAGAGAUAAUCUUCUGUGAGCUGCCAUAUUUCCCUCUGUUUAUACAGUUAUCUGUUUUGUAAUGAACAAUUACUCAAAAAACAACUCAUUUCUAUAUUCUCUUUUCUGUAUGAGAUUGUAGCUUAUGGAUGUGUAGAUACCACACCUGAGUCCAGUUGAGUUAAAAUACAACCGUUUUAGAAAUAGUUGUAGCCUACCCAGAGUGCCAAAUGUGUAGGGUUUGCCCUUAUGAGACAACAUACUGAUUUCAUUGUUUUAUCCCAACCGAUCCCAAACAACUUCACAUUUCAGUCUUAUACUCUAAUUGGUUCUGAAAGAGGAGUCUACACCUUGUUUAUUUGUGUGUUGUAUAUGUACUUACUUUUUGAAUUCUGUCAAUGUAUUAAAGCAACUAUUUUGGAA